CUCUAUCACUUGACAGUUGACAACAAAUAUCAAAUAAGGAGUGUUGUUGAAUAGCCGCAUGUUUAAUAAAUAUACAUUUUACUGAGAGUUUUGCUGUAUAUUUAGUUAUUUAAUAUAGCUGAACACCAUAUCGAUCCUUUGAAUUUUUAUCCAGCUAUAAGACGACAACGAACAAGAUGUCAAUGCAAUGCCAGCUAUGGAUGGGCAGUUUGGAGCCCAACAUGACAGAGAGUUUCAUAAUGGCCGCAUUCAACAGAAUGGGCCAGAGGCCACUGGCCGUCAAAGUAAUGAGAAACAAGUUCACUGGCGAGCCUGCUGGGUAUGCUUUUGUACAUUUUCAGACUGAUGAGGAGGCUAUUGAUGCGAUGCACAAGCUGAACGGUAAACCAAUACCAGGCACAUUUCCUGUGGUACGAUUCAGACUAAAUACUGCCUCACGGGAGGCACGUGCCAACAUGCAGCAGGAAAGAGAAUUCUCUGUGUGGGUGGGCGACCUUAGUCCUGAAGUAGAUGAUUAUUCACUAUACAGGGUGUUUGCUUCAAAGUAUUCAUCGAUUAAAACAGCAAAAGUUAUACUGGACAAUUCUGGGUACACAAAAGGCUACGGGUUUGUCAGAUUUGGUAAUGAAGACGAGCAGCGUAACGCAUUAUAUGCGAUGAAUGGAUACACGGGACUUGGCGCGAAGCCUCUCAAGAUUUGUACAGCUGUACCAAAACCUAAAGGAGCUAUGACAACUACUUCCCAAACAGCCACCACUGCAAGUGCUACAUAUACAAGUGGCGCAGAGUACAAUCAAUACUACGAUCCAUCAGCUUAUUGGCAAAAUUACUCCGCAUGGUCGGGCUAUUACGGGCAGAGCGACCAGAGCGCGGCCGGCGCGCAGCCCGCGCCUGCGCCCGACGCGCAGCAGGCCGCCGCCGUCAAGUCGCACACUGACGAACUGGCGCUUGUAGAACACAAAAAGACCAUUGACGUGGACAGUAAUAAUGAGGAAUUCCUGGACACAGAGCUGUCGAUCUGGGACAGCAUGGAGGCGUCGCGCUGGUUUCCGUACGAGUGUUACAGUUGCGUGCUCUAGUGAUUGAUUGGACAAGACUAAAGAAUUAGCGGCCAUAGACAAAAUGCGUUUCUGCAAUCGUUAUCGCUAAUAGAUAAUAAAAAAUGUCUAGAAAGAUAUAUCGUUGCGAUAAGUUUAUAGCUGGAUCACUUAAUAGUGACUUUGCAAUCGAAGUCCUAUGGUAUUUUUUAUUUAUGUUGGAAAAAUGAGAUUUAAAAUUCUUGUCGCAAAAAAUUUGAAAGGUUGUCGUCUUGUUUUUAUUUCGAGAUUAUUGGAUAUGUUCACUGAAAAAGACAGAAUCAUAACACAAUUUGUAUAAAAGAAUAUAACAGAACCUUGUGAAUGGUGAGACCG